UUGUGCGAAUAUGUUCAUGUUACCCUAUCCAAUUGUCGGUUUGGUUGUGGGUCUUGUCCUAGUUUGUGUUGUGCUCUAUAGGCGACGAUAUGAACGGAUUAUCCGGCAUAUAGAUAAAGGUUUUGCAGGACCCAAAGUACAUCCGCUUUUUGGAAAUGUUUUGCAAUUGGGCUUCACGCCAGAUGCUUAUUUAAGAAGCAUUUUCGGCUGGUUGGAACAAUUCAAUUACAAGAACUUCCGCGUCUGGGUUGGUCCCUUGCCAUAUAUCGCUUUUGUCGAGCCGAAAUAUGUGGAGCAUAUAUUGAGCAGUACGCAACUGGCCUAUAAAAAUGAUCCGUAUCAUUUGCUUUAUCCCUGGCUGGGCAAAGGACUUCUCACAGCAAAUGAUCAUGAAUGGAUGUUGCGUCGCAAAAUGAUAACGCCUUCGUUUCAUUUUCGCAUUUUAAGAGAUUUCCUUCAUGUUAUGAAUGAGACAAGUGGCAGAUUUAUGGAGCUGCUGGCAGUUGAGUCGAAGAAGUCAAAGGAUCAAGUGCUGGACAUGCAGAGUUAUGUAACUCGAAGUACCAUCGAUGUCAUCUGUGAGACGGCCAUGGGCACACGUGUGAACAGCAUUGAGGGAGAGCCAUCGAUUAUUGUGGAAGCCAUUGAUACUCUGUGCUAUGUGGCUCCAGAACGUUUGCUUUCAGUUAUGAAGCGACCAGAUAUAUUGUUUAAAUGCACACGACUUUAUAGGCAGCAGGAGCAGGCUUUGGCCACACUCAGGAAGGAGUUGGCCCAACUCAUAGAGCAACGUCGCGCCAUAGUAAAGAGUCCUAGCUACAUUAAUGUCGAGGAGGUGGGCCAGGAUGAGCAGCUUGAUGUUGGACGUCCUAAAAUGGCAUUUCUUGACAAUCUGUUAACUGCUGAAGUGGAAGGCAAACCUCUAACGUUUCAACAAAUAUUCGAAGAAGUUUCCACAUUUAUGUUCGAGGGUCAUGAUACCACUGCCUCGGCCAUUACUUUUGCCGUGUAUUGCCUGGCUUGGACUCCGACGGCUCAGCAGCGUGCCUAUGAGGAGCAACAGCAGAUCUAUGGUUCAGCAAAGGAUACACAUCCUACGUUUCAGGAAUUACAGGAUAUGAAGUACUUAGACUUGGUUAUCAAGGAAACUCUACGCAUAUUUCCCAGUGUGCCCUUUAUCUUUCGUUCUGUGCGAAAAGGAACAGUUAUAGUUGAUAAAUUCGUACCCAAAGGCACUACCAUUGUGUUGCCUUUAGUGGCCACAGGACAUAGUCCUCAUUGCUUUAAAAAUCCUCAUGAAUUUCAACCAGAGCGUUUUGAAAUGACGGAUAGAAAUCAGGCAAGUGCCUUCGAUCAUGUGCCAUUUAGUGCGGGACCAAGAAAUUGCAUAGGUCAAAAGUUUGCCUUAAUGGAGCUUAAGGUCACACUCUCCAAACUGUUGAGACGUUUUCGACUUUUGCCCGCCCCCUUGGCCAAGCAAUCCAUUGCGGAUGUCUUUCAUCCCAAAUAUAAGCCAGGAGAACAGGAACUCAAAUUAUAUCUGCCGAUUACACUGAAAUCUCUCUCCGGGGUGCCUGUGCGUUUGGAAGAACUAAACAUUCUCGAUUUCCAUUCCGUGGGAAGCGGUUCGUUGGCGAUGUGGUUAAUAUUGCUCGGACUUUUGGCUUUGCCAGUGAUAAUUUUCGCUUACAUUGAAUUGCGUGUGGCACAUAGGCGACGACUGGUGAAUAAGUUUAAUGGCCCAGCCACGGUGCCCAUAGUGGGCAAUGGUUUUCAAAUGGGCAAAAAUCCGUCAGAUAUUCUCAAUCAAGUAUUUAAUUGGUGGCAUCAGUAUGGCAAAGAUAAUUUUCGUUUCUGGAUUGGCUACUACUCAAAUAUUUUGAUAACGAAUCCCAAAUACCUGGAGUAUAUACUCAGCAGUCAAACUUUAAUACAAAAGUCAGACAUCUAUGAUCUAUUGCAUCCAUGGCUUGGUUUCGGUUUGCUUACCAGCACAGGCAAAAAAUGGCACAAACAUCGCAAGAUGAUAACUCCAUCAUUUCAUUUUAAUAUCUUGCAAGACUUUCAUGAGGUCAUGAAUGAGAAUUCUACAAAAUUUAUUAAGAAACUGAAGCGUGUGGCAGCUAAUGACAACAUUAUUGAUUUCCAAGAUCAAACCCAUUACUUAACCCUGGACGUUAUAUGUGAUACAGCGAUGGGUGUCCCUAUAAAUGCCAUGGAAAACAGUGAUUCAAAAGUUGUGCAUGCAUUUAAGGAUAUGUGUUAUAACAUUAAUAUGCGAGCCUUCCACCCAUUUAAACGAACUGAAUUCCUGUAUCGCUUCUUCCCGGAAUAUUCCAAAUAUUGUGAAACUUUGAAAACUCUUCAGGAUUUCACUAAUGACAUUAUCGAGAAGCGCGUUGAAGCUUAUAAACUAGAAACAAAUAAGAAAACUGAUAGCAAUGAAUUCUCGCGUAAGAAAAUGGCAUUUUUGGAUACUUUACUCUCUUCGACUAUAGAUGGACGUCCGUUGACAAAUGUCGAGAUCUAUGAAGAGGUAUCCACAUUCAUGUUUGAGGGACAUGACACAACCACUUCGGGUGUGGCAUUCGCCGUAUAUCUUCUUUCUCGUCAUCCGGAAGAGCAGCGCAAACUCUUUGAGGAACAGUGUGCCGUCAUGGGCAGUGAUUUGAGUCGCGACGCCACCUUCCAGGAAAUAGCUGAUAUGAAAUAUUUGGAUUUGUUCAUUAAGGAGGCACAGCGAGUUUAUCCCAGUGUUCCGUUUAUAGGGCGGUAUACGGACAAGGACUAUGAAAUAGAUGGUACCACCAUUCCUAAGGGUUCAACCCUCAAUUUGGCCCUUAUCAUACUUGGCUACGAUGAGAGGACUUUCAAGGAUCCCCAUGUCUUUCGACCUGAACGUUUCGAGCAGGAGAGACCCGCCCCUUUUGAAUAUUUACCUUUCAGCGCUGGUCCCCGCAAUUGCAUAGGACAAAAGUUUGCCCUCCUCGAAAUCAAGACAGUGGUUUCCAAAAUUAUACGUACAUUUCAAGUACUGCCUGCUCUCGAUGAGCUGAUCUCUAAGGAUAACCGUUUAAGUACGUUUUUGGGUCCCGAAGAAGAACGAUUAAAGUUCGAGCAAAAGCGUCAUAAAUAUGAUCCCAUUUUAUCUGCUGUACUAACUCUUAAAUCCGAGAAUGGUUUGCAUUUGCGGUUGAAGGAGAGAGUAUAGAGUAUUAUAUGUUUAUGUUUUUUUGUAUGUUAUUGAUUAUUGGAAUUAAAAUUUAAUUAACAGCUAAAACGAGAUUUAGUCACCAUGUGAAAAUAAUUUUAUAUAUAAAACUGAAUCAAUUGAUUAUAUAAA